AUGAGCGAUCUUCAAGCUGUUGGAGGAGUCAAAAAGCUCAACAACCAGAAUUACAAUACUUGGUCGACAUGCAUGAUGUCUUACAUGCAAGGCCAAGAUUUGAGAGAGGUUGUCAAUGGAAGCGAAGUUACGCAACCGGAGGCAGAGGACGCAAACGGUAUGUUGCGGAAGUGGAAGAUAAAAGCGGGCAAAGCGAUGUUCGCUUUGAAGACAACAAUCACAGAAGAUGUGCUGGAACAUAUCCAGGAUGCUAAAACCCCAAAAGAGGCUUGGGAUACAUUCGCCGCGCUUGUCUCAAAAAAGAAUGACACGAGCCUUCAACUUUUAGAGAAUGAACUAUUGUCAGUAGCGCAACGCGACAUGAUGGUCGCUCAAUACUUCCACAGAGUAAAGUCGAUAUGCCGCGAAAUUUGCGAGUUGGAUCCACAAGCUUCGAUCGGGGAAACCAAGAUAAAAAGAAUAAUUAUUCAUGGUUUGAGACCCGAAUAUAGAGGUUUUGUAGCUGCAGUAUAG